UAUAAUAGGCUACACGAAAUACACACACACACACACACACACACAUUUUGCGUGUCACACCAGUUUAAACUGAUAUCAACCAUCUUUAACUUGGUCCUAAACCCUGACAAGGAUAUAUUUACUGAUGAAAGAUUUAUCCACUAUCAUACUUUUGGCCAGUAUUAAUAGGAUCAACUAAAUAUUUUCGUUACUCUAUUUCAGGAACAAUGCGUUUUAGCACAAACUUUAAGCCGUAUGUUCUGCUUCUCGUUGUUGGAAUCUUCUUGCUUCUUGGGUAUGUCUACGUCAGCUUCUUCUCUGAAAGGCUCAACCGAGAUAUCCCAGUUGAUGAGGACGUGAAGAGCAGCAGCCCGAGUAAGCCCAUGGUCAGGAGCAGAGUAUGGAAUAUGGCCUCUCCAGAAAAGCUUUUGUACAAGCAGCCCAGUGUCUUGAUGGGACGUACUGAUGUGGUGACAGUGACCCCAUGGUUGGCAUCCAUCAUCUGGGAAGGCACCUUUGACCCUGUGCUCAUUGACAACAUCUACAAGCCCAUGAACCUCACCAUAGCAACCACAGUGUUUGCAGUUGGAAAAUAUGUCAGCUUUCUCCGAGAUUUUCUGGAGACAGCGGAGAUGCACUUCAUGGUCGGCUUCAACGUGCGCUACUAUGUUUUCACUGAUCGUCCCCACGAUGUUCCUUCGGUGAACCUAACUCAGGGGAGACAUUUAAGUGUGAUCCAGGUCCCAGGUUCAAACCGCUGGCAGGAGAUAUCAGCCCGGAGGAUGGAGAUCAUCCAGACCACCAUUGAAAGUCAGAUCAGAAGGGAGGCCGACUACAUCUUCUGUCUUGACGUGGACAGCAAGUUCCACGCUCGCUGGGGGGCCGAGUCUCUUGGAAGACUGGUUGCUGUGAUACACCCAGGCUACUAUGAUCAGACCCGUGCCAACUUCCCAUACGAACGGCGUCCAGCCUCGAUGGCCUACAUCCCCAUGGAUGAGGGAGACUACUACUAUGGCGGGGCUAUGAUCGGAGGGUUCGUGGAGGAUGUGUACACACUUACAACGGUAUGUCGGAACCGGUUUGCGGUGGAUGCUGGGAAUUCCAUCGAGGCUGCCUGGCAGGAGGAGAGCCACCUCAACAGGUACCUGCUCUAUAACAAGCCCAGCAAGGUGUUGUCUCCCGAGUACCUGUGGCAGGACUUCAAGGCCAAAACCAAAGAGGUCAAAGUCAUUCGCUUUUCCGGGGUCAUUAAAAACUAUGCUGAAGUUCGUCCCAAUGUAUAAAAAGAGGAAGUGGAUAUUUGACCAGCAGAAAAAAACUAAAUUCAGUCUUAGCGGAAUAAAUUCAUUGUGGUUAUAGUUAUGUUUAGGUUUAGGAACAAGGGUUGGGUUAGGGUUACGUUCGGGUAUCAUUUUGUUGAGUUACGUUUGUGGGUUGCGGUUCGGGUAUAAUUUUGUUGAGUUACGUUUGUGGGUUGCGGUUCGGGAAAGGCAUAAUAAUACAAAAAAAUUGGGGGGGAUCCUGAAAUUUGACCUACUACACACGUGUUUUUUUUUUUAGAAUUAGGCUGUAAUGUAACAAAAUGGGGAAAAGGUGAAGGAGUCUGAACACUUUCCAAAUGCACUGUAUUGAAAUGUUUGUUGAAGAUGAAAGGAGGAACUUUUAUUAUAUUUUUACCUUUAUUUAACUAGGCAAGUCAGUUAAGAACAAAUUCUUAUUUUCAAUGACAGCCUAGGAACAGUGGGUUAACUGCCUGUUCAGGGGAAGAAUGACAGAUUUGUACCUUGUCAGCUCGGGGAUUUGAACUUGCAACCUUCCGGUUACUAGUCCAACACUUUAAACACUAGGCUACCCUGCCACCCCUAUCACAGACAAGAAUGAGAAGUUGUUUGAGUGAUUCAUAUUACAAACAUGUAGGACAUUGCAACAAAUGAGUCACACUUAAUCAGAAUAGUUUCUCAUCUUUGAGCUCCCCUGUAACAACGAUUAUGACCAACAAACAAAUGGUUUAGUUGUGGAGAGAUGCAGAAAUAGGGAAUACAUAUCAUCUAUAAAUGUGUAAGUCAGACAAGCCACUACAGUGGGCUGAAUUCCAUUUAAUGAUAAAAGGGCAAAAACUGCACAAAGGGCAAGGUGGAGCUGACAGUCCUAUCCAGAAACAACCCCUACACACUACACACAUACAGAUCUGAAAUGCUUGGAUAGGUACAAGCAAUGUUCCCUCUAAGCUGAGCACAGCUCCCCACAGACUGCCAGCAGAAGAAAUAUCAGCCUGCGGAGAGAAGCACUAGAUUGAACAUCACUCAACUUUAUAGAGUUUUCCAUUUCAGUUACCACUAUCAACGCCUCACUCUACUGUGGGAAUGCUCGAAUCAACUGAAUAUUAGGCACUUUAAAUGUAAUACAUCCUGAAACAAAACCAACUAUGCAAGACUUAGCAUGCAAAACUUUGGAGUAGGAUUCUAUUGCAUUGACAGGCAAGACUAAGGCCCAUACUCUAUACAGACUGGUGCGCCAUAACCAAUCAGAGCUGCAGUUGGCCUAUAUGCAUAUAGCCAUUGCCAUAUAUGGAUCUGUGCCAUUCAAUUUAAUAAACUGGACUGUGUUUCUAUCAUGAGUGGUCUCGAGUAAAUGCUCUUGUUUUGAUAUCAAAGCGACAGCUGCAUGUAGCCACCUGUGUUCAUUUUUUCAUAUUCUUUGCUAGUUAUUGAGUUAUUAGCCCAGUUAUAGCUAAUGUCUAGUCAACAAUGGGGAAGUGGUUGCUUCCUACAAGAGCACAAAUAUGUGUAUUUCUUGCCAUCUUUGAAAAGCCAGAGCUUUUUUAUGUCUUAAAGGGGCAGUGUUGUAUUUUGAGACCGUCUUGAAGAAGAUAAGUAGCAAAUAGGCGGAGGGUAGCAUAAUUUGUCUGUUUCUCUCUAAUAAUUGUAUGGAAAUAAUAAAGCAUUUUAUUUUGUAAAGU